AUGCGGGAAUCUGCAUGUCAGAAACCCAACUUCACACCUCUUACUAUGUGUAACAUUGAAACAUUCUACAUUAAGGACAACCUCGAAACCAAUAACUGCAACCAAGAAAACCUCUUAUCACCGUCUACUGCUGAAUUCACCACUCCACCACCGGCCAAAGAGCCAUCCAAUGAACACUCUUUCUUCUUCAUGAACCACCGAAAGAGAAUAGAAGGAAAAACCCAACAAAAUGAGAAUUCCAACAAGGUGCUGUUGAAGAGAAGAGAAGGAAUUGGUAUCGGUUUAUGUGUUGGGAUUGAUAAUGUUUUGUUGCAGUUUCUGCCACAGCCCGGUCCCAGUGUUGCGGCCAUUGAUGCAGCCACGGUGGCUUGUGAAUUGACUGUUAGCCGUUCAGGUUUGGCAUUCUGUGAUAAAGUUGUGGGGAAAGGCCCUGAGGCUGUUAAAAGGCAGCUGAUAAAGGCACAUUAUGUAGGGAGAUUGGAGAAUGGGAAAGUGUUUGAUAGCAGCUAUAACCGUGGGAAGCCUCUUACAUUCCGAGUAGGUGUCGGUGGGGUGAUCAAAGGCUGGGACCAGGGUAUUUUAGGUGGUGAUGGAGUUCCUCCCAUGCUUGCUGGGGGAAAACGAACAUUACGGCUUCCUCCGGAGCUUGGAUAUGGUAUGAGAGGUGCCGGCUGUAAAGGAGGUUCAUGUAUUAAACCCCCAGAUUCAGUUCUAUUUGAUGUGGAAUUCAUUGGCAAAGCAUGAAAAACAGCAUGGAAGCUUCCUCUUUGUGAAUAAUGGGAAUUUUUACAGGAAACUACAUUCACUUUGUUUUAGGUUUUUGAUAUAUAUAUAUUUUUUAAAUUAUGGAUUAAAUGAAAUCAUUGAUGACACA